AACAUAUCGAUAUCCCUAUGAUACUGACAUCUCUAACGGUUAGCAACAACACAAACUGCAGUUUAAUUUAAUUUUAAAUUUAUUACAACUAAAUGCACCAUGCUUUCCAAUCUUAUUGUGACCAAUCAAAAGGUCAUUCUUAUAAUUGACCAACUAAAUCGCGAACGAAUCGCGCUAAAGUUCAUUGGCAGCCUGCUUCACGAGCAGGGUGAGGGCAAGGAGAUUAAGACAUUGCCAAUUGGCACGCAACUGAAGCACGUGGCCAGCUUCGAGACGCUGCUAAACGAAUGCAACAACAAUAAUAACAAUCAAUUAAACCAAUCAGAGCCAGCAACAAAAACUGGCUGCAAUAUCAUACUGCCAACGCUGGCAGAUUUGCUCUGCUAUCAGACGCCCGCCUAUAUCUUCGACUUCAUCAAUAAGUUGCGGCGCUCCGAGCAUGUGCGUCGCGUGUUCUUGUGGGCGUCACCGCAGCACUUGCAGCACCCGGACGCUGACUACAUACUAGCCGGGUGUGAGUAUCUGUCGGAGUUGGUGCUACGACUAGAGACGGAUACAACGUUGUCGCUGAUAUCGCGCAAGCCGGGCGGCGGGGUCACCAACAAACGCUUCACGUGCCUAGUCAGCAAGACAGAGUUCCAAGUGACGCCACUGCUGGACGCUGGCGAAACGAUUGCUUUAGCUGCUGCAACAAAAAUACAGCCACAUGAUGAAGCCGUAAAAUCAUCUGAUCCUGGCGGAACCUUCAAGAUCGAACUGGACGAGGAUGAAGUUGUAGCGCGCAAUGCGCUCACAUUGCCAUAUGAACGCACCAGCGAAACGGCUGAGGGCAACAUCAUCUACACGCCAGAUGCCGAUGAUGAUUUCGAUGAUGAGGAUCCGGAUGAGGAUCUGUUAAUCUAAAAUGUGCUCGCACAGCAAACGGCAGUACAAAUGGCCUUGGCUUUAAAUAUUUAAGUCUAACAUACAAAUAUAUAAAAUGCAUAUAACAGUAA